AUGUCAAACCUUCAAAUAUACUUCUGGAUGCAAGUGGACGGAUCAAGCUGUGUGACUUUGGAAUCAGUGGGCGUCUUGUGGACUCAAAGGCCAAAACCAGAAGUGCUGGUUGUGCUGCUUAUAUGGCUGUAA